AUGAACAAAGAACGCUUUAAAAGUUCAAUCUUUCAACACUUUCUGUUCUUUUUAGGGGCACAAAAUGACAAUGAGAAAGAACCCAGUGGUGUUACUAGUGUUAAUGACGUGACAUCCCAGCUGGAGAAGCAAGCCCUGGAGGACAAAGAGAGAGAGGAAGAUGGAGAGGAAGAAGGAGACGGUGAAGGGGAAAAUUCUGGAGGGAAGAAAAAGAAGAAAAAGAAGAAGAAGAAAGGACCAAAGAUUCAGACAGAUCCUCUCAUUCCCAUAUGUGAGCUGUUUCCUUCGGGUGUUUUCUCUAAAGGGCAGGAGUGUGAAUACCCCACUUUACAGGAUGGACGUACUGCUGCCUGGCGUACCACCAGCGAGGAGAAGAGAGUGUUAGAUCAAGCCAGCGAAGAGAUCUGGAGUGAUUUUCGACAGGCUGCCGAAGCACAUAGACAAGUGCGCAAGUAUGUCAUGAGCUGGCUAAAGCCUGGGAUGUCUAUGAUUGAGAUCUGUGAAAAGCUAGAAGAUUGUUCACGGAAGUUGAUCAAGGAGAACAGAUUGCACGCUGGCCUGGCUUUCCCCACAGGCUGUUCACUGAAUAACUGUGCUGCACAUUAUACACCCAACGCUGGGGACUCCACCGUCCUCCAGUACGACGAUGUUUGCAAAAUUGAUUUUGGAACCCAUAUAAACGGCCGUAUUAUUGACUGUGCGUUCACAGUGACGUUUAACCCCAAAUACGACAAACUUAUAGAAGCUGUUAAAGAUGCCACGAAUACCGGUAUACGGAAUGCAGGAAUAGAUGUUCGUCUGUGUGAUGUUGGUGAAGCAAUUCAAGAAGUUAUGGAAUCCUAUGAGGUUGAAAUCGAUGGCAAAACAUACCAAGUAAAGCCAAUCCGCAAUCUGAAUGGACAUUCCAUUGGACAGUACAGGAUACACGCAGGGAAAACUGUCCCGAUCGUCAAAGGAGGAGAGGCAACCAAAAUGGAGGAAGGAGAAGUUUACGCUAUAGAAACCUUUGGCAGCACUGGAAAGGGAGUUGUUCACGAUGACAUGGACUGUUCACAUUAUAUGAAGAAUUUUGAUGUUGGCCACGUGCCGAUCAGACUUCCAAGAGCAAAACACCUCCUAAAUGUUAUCAACGAGAACUUUGGGACACUUGCCUUCUGCCGUCGGUGGCUGGACCGUUUGGGGGAGAGCAAAUACCUUAUGGCCCUGAAGAAUCUGUGUGACCUGGGGAUCGUGGAUCCUUACCCUCCGCUCUGUGACAUCAAAGGCUCGUACACAGCACAGUUUGAGCACACUAUUUUGCUGCGUCCAACGUGUAAGGAAGUCGUGAGUCGUGGGGACGAUUAUUAAGCAGUCACCUGUUUCACUUUAUUCUGUCGGGGAGAGCUGACAAAAUGGUUCCACCAAUAGCUUUCUCCUCUUCUUUUUGUUUUGGUAAUGGACUGCAGUUAUUAUAUUUGCCAUGUUAUAACGCGGCUGGCAAUUGGGAUGAUGCAGGGAGCUUGUAUUUCCUUUGAUGACGACAUUUUUAAUAAAGGUUUCUGGCUCCUA